GAAUAGCCAACUCACUCCCCAUAUCAUGUCUCGAUCCAUCGUUGAGCGCAGCCACGACAAUACCUCCGUGCACGCCCUGAACAUCGACUUUGACGAGCUCGCGGCCCGUGAUCCCGACUGGGCGACCAUCUCCAAAUGCGCCAAAGAGGCGCGAUGGCUUGACUUUCAAGAUCCCAAAGUCGUGCGACAACUGACCAAAUCCAUCCUGAAGUGCAAUUUCAACCUUUCCCUCUCCCUCCCAGAAGACCGACUCUGCCCACCGGUGCCGGUGCGAUGGAACUACAUCCGCUGGAUCCAGGAUCUCCUGGACACUACAUCCGACGAUUACGCUGACCGCUAUGACUCCCAACGCGACGUUCUCGGCCUUGACAUUGGCACCGGAGCCUCGGCCAUCUAUCCCUUAUUGGGCUGCUCCACACGGUCACUAUGGCUCAUGGCAGGCACGGACAUAGACACGCACUCUCUGGACUACGCGCGGCAAAACGUAGCGGGCAACAAUCUUGAGCAGCGCGUCAAGCUCAUCCACACCAUCGCAGAAAGUCCACUGAUUCCCAUGGCAGCGAUGGGAGUGGAGGAGCUAGACUUUGUCAUGACCAACCCACCCUUCUACUCGUCGCGAGAAGACAUGGAGGAGAGCUACGUGGGCAAGGAUGCAGCGGCGUCCGCCAUCAGCUUUGCAGCGGACAACGAGUUGAUCUGCCCCGGCGGAGACAUAGGAUUCGUUGACCGCAUCUUCAACGAGAGCCUGAUGCUUCGGACACGAGUGCAGUGGUAUACCGCUAUGCUGGGCAAGUUGGCCAGCCUGCAACAAAUCGUGGCCAAACUACGGGAACACGAGAUCAACAACUUCGCCGUCACGAACCUACAGGCAGGCCACCGAACGAAACGGUGGGCGGUGGCUUGGAGCUUUCAGACAUGGAGACCGCGCAACGAUAUUGCGGCGGCAGGGGACGUGGUGAAUGCGGUGCGACCGUGGCCCACGGCACAGACGAUUGCCGUCCCAUUGAUGAGUGCGAAGUGGGCGGGGGAGAAGGUGGAUGCGACGUUGAAGGGACUGGCGGUGCGGUGGAAGUGGCGACCGCUGAUCUCCGCCGGUGUGAUGGAGGCCAGGGAGAACGUAUGGUCUCGUGCGGCGAGGCGAAGACAGCAGUUUGGUAAGCCGUGGUCGAAGGGUGUGGAUGUGCAGGCGAGUGCGCAUGCGAAGGCAGGUGGGAAGGACGAAGACGACGAGCAGGAUAAAGAGGACGAUGACGACGAGGAGGAGAAUGAGGAAGACGAGGACGAUGGAAUCUCACUGACGGUGAAGGUGAUGUGCAAGGAGGAGGAGGUGGAGAUCCGAUGGCUGCGUGGUCUGGAUCGGCUUCUGUUUGAAAGCUUCUGCGGGAUGCUGAAGAGGGCACUGGGCAGUCGCGAUGCAUGAGCGCAAGGCAGUCUGCUUGCCAUUGUGAAACGAGCGUGUGUUUAGUGUAACGUUCAAUGUUCUCAUCGUUUGCGCAUCGCCGAGAGGCAGCUUGCCGACAUCCGCGGGGGAGGGAAUGCCGAGAGGCUAGUCGUGUGUGCCCAUCUGGAGCACGAGCAGCACCCCUGGAAGUGGAGUGUCGAGCACAGCAUGAGCAGGAGUGAUGAUCACCUUCAAGGCAGGUGCGGACGGCGCGCCGGUAGAUCCUGCCGCGCCGAAUCAGCGGCAGCAGCCGUGCCGCGUCGGCUCCUCGAAUGUUUAGCGCGCAAUCUAUUUU